AACUCCUUGCCACCGUCAAGGCCCCACUAUGCUGGCGUUUGGCCUCUGAUCACCUUCGCCGUGGGCGACGAAUGGCUCGUCAUCAGGACGCAGUCCUUUAGCGCGCUGGCCACCUCGUCUCUGCGUCUAAACACCAAAAUCCAGCUUAAUGUUGACGAGACGGCGCCCUCGUCCCUUCUAGCGACAAGAUAA